UCAGCAGACGCAGGUUCACGUUCGGAAGAAAAACAGAGGCCACGGCGCAGUGCAUUGAGCAACCCAACCUGCGGACAGAAAAUAAGUCACUGCAGUAGCGCACGACCCGACCGAUUAUAACUGCUGCUGCUGCCACACACGAACCUUGUUUUCCGCUGUCGCUUUACCUCACUUUGCACAAAGAAAGGGUCGGUCAUCAGCACUGCAUCGGGAUCGCCGGCAAAAGGCUGCAAACUGCCUGUCAUGCUGAGAAUCGUCAACCGUUCCAAGGAUAGGGGUGGUAACGGGACCAGGGGCCUCUACACCUCGGCGCCACCCAUGUCCACGCACGGUCUCCCCCCCUCCGCUGUAGAACCGGGUCCUCCCCUGGACAAGACGAUUCUUGGUCUUGUUCAUAAUGAGCCCUUCCCCGCUGUCCCUUCGGACGGACGCCACGCCUACGCCAGUCGUCCACUCCCUCACCCACCACCAAGAGUCAAGCUCUCUGUAAUGCCUCCUCUAUCGAGUAUUUCUUCAGGCAAGGCCAGCGCCACCACCACCACCACCACCACCACCACCACACUCCGCCCAGACUUUGCGACCAUGGACUCGAGGAUAUCAAGGGACGACAUGUUCUUGAGGCCCGCGACGGGAAGGGCUGCUAUCGACCCCAGGAGGAUAUCUAGGGACGACUCAUAUUUGGUCGGCCGCCAGCAGAGUGCCUGGAGGCCAGGUUUUCACAUUCCAAAUAGGGGCCAGUUGACACCAGACAUAAGCUCGAGGGGCGCCUCGCCACCAAGCUUUGCGCCCCCUUUUCGUCGACGGGAGACACCAGAAUCGUUGCGAUCCGCCGAGAUCCCGAUAGGCAUAGGCAUGCCCAUAGGCAUGGCUAUAGGAAGCCCGACGCAGGGACACUCGCCGCCCAACUUUGUCAACAGCUGGCGGCCACAGGUACCUCAGGUGCAGGAGGUUGUCCGACCAGAGCCGGAGCCGAGGCUGCCACCACCGCAACCUGAGCCGGAGCCGGAACCGGCGCCGGUCAAGCGAACCAAGACAGGAAGGCGAAGACUAUUCGGGCUAUUCGGAAGAAAGCAUGUAGAGGAGCCUACGAUCCCUCUGCCCUCGCAAAAUUCCUCCUAUUCGGACAUUAGGUCUGCCUCUUCUUUGCAGAGUCAGCGGUCACCGUCCACUCCAAUGAGGAGUAACACAUCGGCUGGUUCCAACGCCUCAAAAUACAAGCCCCUCAUCGCCAGGACCAAUACCGAGCCCAUGAAUUCCACCCCCAGGAGCCCACGACGAAAAAUCAGCAAUCCCAUCCCAAUCGCCAACUCGAUCGAUACAGAGCAUCCUUACCAGCCCCAUACUAUGGCACAGGUUCCGAGGCAAGAGGUUCUGCGGCCAGAGAUUUCAAGGCCAGAAAUUUCGAGGCCUGUGAACCCGCCACCACCUAUCCCCAUUACUAACACAGGCGGCCCGUUUUUGAACGUGGAGAUUCCGGAUGUCAAGAUGGAGAGAUAUAGCGUAAUGUUUAGUGGUCUGUUGAAUCCUCAGAGCUCGUCAUCUCUCCUCGCAAGGCGACAGGCAACUCUUGACCGACUCAAGAGCAUAAACGACUGUAUCAUCAAGGAGGAGGAAGAGAGGAUGAGACCAGCACCACAACGCGCCGCCACAUCCCCCCAGCCGAUUCCGACAAAGUCGCCCGCCUUUACUCUCUUCCCACCUACUCCUGACUCUCGAUUCGAAUCUUCUCGAUCCCCGUCGUCGCCUAGGAACCGCUCGAACACGUCACCUGCGGCGGUAUCUUCACCCGCAAGACCGCGUUUUGGCUCUGGCUCUGAUGCUGAGAAUGCGGCACACAGCAGAGGCCAGGCAUCACACAAAACCAGCCAUUCGGCAGGAUCGUCCAGGUACCUGCACCCGAGCGCUAGGGACAAGGCCGUGCACUUUGGACAGGGCCAGUCCAGCCUUUACUUGGAAUCCCCCACCAGUCCGGUCUCCGACUAUGAGCGUGACCAGCGAACAACCGUGCAGCAACUGAAGCCGACGAUAGCAGAGCCGCACUGGCAGUUGGUUACUCCGCCAAGCUCGGCCGCCACCUCUUCGAGUACCGCAAGCAGCACCCGCAAGCGAUCUCCAUCAUCCACAUCCUCCGUAGCCACCAACGUUACGAGGCCUUCUGUCGAUGACGAGUCCGACAAUGCGCUCAAGGCUGCGGUGGAGAUCUCAAUCGCGAGACAAAUCAGUAUCUCGCGCCAGCAGCGGCAAAUGCUGAGGCCUCUGCAGACCAGCGUCGUGCGGGACCGGAAUGGGAUGACGGCUACCGGCGCCAGGGCUGGCAGGCCAGUGCCUUCGCCCGCAAAAGUGAGCCCAGUCAAGCUGGGUAAGAAUGAACGUCUGCAGGAGACCAAGUCGUCCACACCGACCCUCAUUCAUCCACCCAGGCAGCAUCUAUCGGCCGAGCAGUUGAUGAUGCACCGGAAGAGUGAGCAGGUCAUUUUGGAGGCUGCCUAGACCUUGUAAUCCUGCCCCGUAGGGCGGAUAAUCUUCUUACUUCUUUCACUCCUUUGGCACCUCUUCUACUAUACCCCCGCCUUUGGAUAUCUGGUCCCGACUCGGGUUGAACGAUACAGAUU